AUGCUUCAUAGUGGUCCAAUACAAGCAAGGACAUACCUAUCCCGCAUAACAUCGCCACGUACCCAGCAGGUGCCCUCAGUCCAAGCAAAGGAGAAGGCCCCAAAAUGGUGGAGAAAGAAGCGCUGCCAUCUGCUUAAGUGCAAAACAAAGCAGAAACGCCAGAGACCAGCAGCACCUGGGCUGAAGUGUGGCACCGUCAAGUCGGGACGGGGAUCACCCAGACAGGCUGUGGCACUGAGCAGAACGCGGCAUAUUGUACACCGAAUAACCUGUCAUCAGGGAACGCCAGCUUUCCUAACACGCGAUCCUGUGACCUGCGCCAUAGUGUGA